AUGAGUUCAAAUAUAUUUACUCGAUGUAUCUUUGAGCUACAAAUAUUUAUACAUUUCAUAUUCUAUCCAAUAGAUUUCAGCGUUAAAAUUUUGAUGACCAUAUCAAACAAUUUUAAAUAUGAUCUAUUUUACUAUAGAAAUGCAAUAUCCUCUCCCUUUAAUUAAAGAUUAAUUUAAAUAAAGAAAAUGGGCUGCCAAAUUAACAAACCACAUGCUUAUUUUGAUGGUCAUCUUUCUUAAACCUUAUAAAGACCCUAGGCAAAGGCAGAAUUCAUUGAAGUAAAAGUAAGCGAUCCAGGAGCACCCAUAAACUCAUUUUUGGUGGAAUGUGAUGACUAUUAUAUUGAUGAUCCUAUACUAAGCAGUUUUGAUUAGAACAAAACCAAAAAUGAUUCUUCAAAUUUUGAAGAUAAUAAGAAGACUCAAAGUUCAAAUAAUUUACUCAUCAAACCUCUCAAAGGUAUUUUAAAAACCCCAACCAAACCGUCUCGUUCUUCUUCGAGAUAUUUUAAUGAGGAAGCUAAAUUUGUGAAGUUUCAACAUAACCAUAAUAACUUAUCGUAACCAAAGCUGAAAGUUGUCGGAAAAAAUAGAAAAACCAGAAAAAUCAGAACUGCUACUCUAAUCUGA